AUGAGUGAUCAUGGAAAAAGAUGGCCAACGAAUACGACUGGUGGUGGACGAGCUGGAGGGCUCAGUAUUUGGUGGACGUCAGAAGUCUCACUUACCUGCAUGGAUACUGAGGCACAUUUUCUAGACAUGCAGGUUAAUGACCGUCAUAAGGGUCCUUGGCGGUUCACAGGUGUUUAUGGCAGGCCGGGAAGUAAAGACAAAGAUAAGACUAAUUCACUACUUAAGGAUCUCUCCAAACGGUGGGGAGGACCUUGGUUAGUUGGGGGCGAUCUGAACCAAAUUGAAGGCCUAGAAGAGAAAACUGGUGGUAGGCGGGCGGAUGAUGUUGAGAUGAGUAGAUUCACCUGCUGUUUCACGGAAGCAGGACUUAACGACCUGAGCUUGCGAGGCUAUGAAUUUACUUGGGAAAACAGGAGAGGCCAUGAGGGUUAUAUCGAAGAACGCCUGGAUCGUUUUCUUGGGAACGAUCUCUGGAUAUUGAAAUUCCCAGAGGGCCGGGUUCAACACCUAGAUCAAAAUCGAUCCGAUCACAGACCGAUCGCCUGCAGAACGGAAGGGGAUGAAGAUGAAAAACCAAGGUGGGGCUGGUCAUUCCGUUUUGAUCCUUUUUGGGCUAAACAUGAGGAGUGCGCCGCUAUUGUUGAAGAUACUUGGAAGGGAAAUUUGCUUACUGAUACUUUUGGGAAGCUUUCAUUCUGCCAACAAAAACGAGAGGAUUGGAGCAGAGAGCGUUUCCCUAAUUUUAAUAAACAAAGGCUGAAGAUACUAAGGGCAAUGCGGAGCCUGGAAAGAUUGCAAAAAACAGAAUUGGUCCUUCAGCAGCUUAAACAACUUCAAACAAAAUUGAAUGAUCUAGAAGAUAAUGAGGAACAAUAUUGGAAGCAACAAUCUCGUGCAGACUAA